CUCAUCAUGAACCAGUCUAACACCUCCAGUUCUUGGGACUUAGGAAUUCUAACCGAAGCAGUGGCUCCCAGUGUGGUUCUGGGCCUCUGCUUCCUUAUCGGUGUCCCUGGAAACAUCACGGUGAUCGUGGUGAUACUUCGUCAUUUCAAGCGGGAGAACUUCACCAUGAAGCUGCUCCUGAACCUGGCCGCCUCUGACAUCUUGUGCCUCAUCAGUCUGCCAGUGUGGAUCUAUGAGCUUUUUUACGGCUGGAGGUUUGGCAACAUUGGCUGCAAACUGAUGAUGUACAUGGUCUUCUGCAGCUUGUAUGGCAGUUUACUGACGGUCACCCUGAUGAGUGUGCAGCGCUACGUACAGGUUCUGUACUCCCAGUACUGGGUGAGACUGCGUGGGACUGGGCAGAGGGUGUUGCUGGUGAGUGUGUGGGUCGUGGCCUGUGUCCUCGCCUCGUAUUCUAUUGUUCUGGGAAAGGUAUUGAGGGAUGGCGGAAUUCCCCGUUGUGACACCAACUACAGCUCAGAUGGGCAGAGAUUGGCUGUGUUGCUCUCUCAGACAUUGCUGGGCUUUGUGAUUCCUUUCUCUGUCAUAGUCACAUCUUACUGCUGCCUUCACAAAAAAGUGAAACAAAGAACCUUCUUCAUUAACCAGAGGAUGAAAAGACUGAUCAUCAGCAUUGUAGUAACCUUCUUCAUAUUCUGGAUUCCAGUGCAUGUUGUAAGUGUGACAGAAAUAUUUUCUAUCUUGCUAAAAUCAUCCCACCCGGCUGCAUCGGCCAAACUGGAGAAGUUUUGCAGCUUCAGCAGCAACAUUCUAGGAUCUCUCAGCUUCAUCAAUAGCUGCAUAAAUCCCUUCCUGUACGCCUUUGCCUUACGGUACCGUCAUCCGGAUGCAACUCCAUCCAAGAUCACGCAGGAUGUCUCCACUAGCAACCUAUGACUCGUCUGACUUCGCCUUAUUCAUCUUUUCUUAUUUUGUCUCUGAAAUUUCUGAUUAUGUUUUAGCCUGAGACUUUUUUGUAAUCGUUAAUUCCAUACAUAUCUUCCGUAAAUAUACAUUUUGUGAGAAGGAUUUUUGAAAAGGCAACACUUACAUUAACAAUAGUAACAUUAAGUCACCAGGAGCAUAGAAUUUCAAUUGGUUCGAGAGCGUCUGUUAUGUUUUGAUGGGUUAUUUGAUAACCUUACUCAGAGCUGCUACAAAUGUUCAUCUUUUACUGCAGAUACCACCACUUAUACUGCCACGAUUCUCUCCUUACCAUUCUCCUGAUCAUCUCCCCCAGCUCCACCUCUAGUGGCAACUAAUAGUAUAUUGUCGAAAGCGCACGAAGCUCAGACCCAGGGUUAUUAUCGUCAAUGAAAACAAAUGAAAUUAAAAAUUGAAAACAUUUUCAUAAACUGAAAAAAUAAGAUACGAAAAUUAUAUACAGGGCAAUAAACUAAACUAUGACUAUAAACAUUGCUACAACUAAAACUAAAUGUCAAAUAUCUUACGUUAAAGUUUUUAAUAUGAUGCAGCUAGCGUAAUAAUGUUUAUCGUUUAUUACCAACCGUAAUUCAUCUGUAGUGUUUUGCCUAUUUUGAGGACAUUAGGAUAGUGGCACGCUGUAUCCCGUAUAUGCCUUAUAUAUACAGGGGUAUUGAUCUUAGGUCGCUUGCAGAGAUUUUCUCAUUAUAAUCCCUUUAUUAUUUGUGAUUGAUAUUGUUAAAUUCAUUCCUUAGUAAAACGUCAGAUUUUACUACAUAGUUACAAUGAUGUAUUGAGCAUACAAGUGUCGCAUCUGAGGGAGUGGAUAGGAGCAAAUAAACAGAAACGCAGCCUUUUAGCAGGGAAACUCCGAAUAGGACUUCAUUGAGAGGAUACAGCUAUGAGAAAGGUCCUCACGUGGAAAUAUCGGAAAACACUCCGGGUAAUGAAAAAUACAGAAUCAGAAAGGCCGACAGCGCCCUCUGCUGGGUGGAGGAUUUAUAAUCUUAAUGAACUUUGCCAAGCUUACCCUGGUACUUAUAGCUUUACUGUAUGAAAUAUUUGAAAAUGUGUGUGACGGAAAAAUAUGUGACUGUGAUACUCUCCCUGAGGUUAUG